AUGAUAUAAGCUAUAGAAAAUACUGUGAAGAAAAAAGAGGAACAAUUUACUGAAGAAAUGAAGAAAAAAUCUUUUGAAAUGAAAUAAAUUAAAGAAUAAUUUUCAAUUUAAAUGACAUAAUUAUAAGAAAAAAUAACAGAAAAGAUAGCUGAAAUUCAAAUACUAGAACAAAAUUAAGAUAAAAAAAAUAAAUAAUUAGAAGAAAAGAAUUUAAAACUCAAACAAAUAGAAAAUGAAAAAACCUAAUUAGAAUAAAAUAUUAGAGCUAAAGACACUGAAAUUCAAAAACUAAAACAAAAUGAAAAUGAAAAAAAUAAAUAAUUAGAAGAAAAGAAUUUAAAACUCAAACAAAUAGAAAAUGAAAAAACCUAAUUAGAAUAAAAUAUUAGAGCUAAGGACACUGAAAUUCAAAAACUAAAACAAAAUGAAAAUGAGAAAACUUAUUUUGAAUUAGAGAUAAAGCUAAAGAUACUGAAUAUCUAAAACUUAAAUAAACACAAAAUGAAGACUUAGAUCGUAUAAUGA